AUGGAAGAAGAAGAUGAUGAAGGAGAUGUUUUCCUCGGUGAAUCCGAUGUUCUCCAUGAAUUCGAUGUCGACGGAGAAGAUCUUCCUGACGCAGACGAUGAUGAUGAUAACGACGCCAAUAACGAUGCUGAAGAAUUUGAUGAAAACGAUGACUCUGUUCACACAUUCACUGGUCACAAAGGUGAGCUUUAUGCAGUAGCUUGUAGCCCAAACGAUCCUUCUCUUGUUGCAACCGGUGGUGGUGAUGAUAAAGCCUUUCUAUGGAGAAUUGGUAAUGGAGAUUGGGCUGCUGAGCUUCCUGGUCACAAGGACUCUGUUUCUUGUUUAGCUUUUAGCUUUGAUGGACAGUUAGUUGCAUCUGGAGGAUUAGAUGGUGUUGUUCAGGUCUUUGAUGCUUCAUCAGGAGAUCUGAAAUGUGUUUUGGACGGUCCCGGUGGCGGAAUUGAGUGGGUUAGAUGGCAUCCGAGAGGACACGUUGUGUUGGCUGGAUCAGAAGAUUGUUCUUUAUGGAUGUGGAAUGCUGAUAGAGGUGCCUAUCUUAAUAUGUUUUCAGGACAUAAUCAAAACGUUACUUGCGGUGACUUCACUCCUGACGGUAAACUAAUCUGUACUGGCUCUGAUGAUGCGAGUUUGAUUGUAUGGAACCCAAARACWUGCGAAAGYAUUCAUGUGGUUAAAGGUCAUCCUUAUCAUACGGAAGGGUUGACAUGUUUGGACAUUAACUCGAACUCAAGCCUCGCUAUCAGUGGCUCGAAAGAUGGUUCUCUUCACAUUGUGAAUAUAGUCACCGGAAAGGUUGUGAACUCUCUGACGUCUCAUACAGAUUCAGUCGAAUGUGUGAAGUUUUCGCCAAGCUCGGCUACCAUUCCUUUGGCUGCGACAGGUGGAAUGGACAAGAAGCUUAUAAUCUGGGAUCUGCAACAUUCAACUCCUAGGUUCAUCUGCGAACAUGCGGAAGGUGUGACAUGCCUGACUUGGAUAGGAGACUCCAAGUACUUAGCCACUGGCUGCGCAGAUGGUACAGUGAGCGUUUGGGACAGCUUAUUAGGAAACUGCGUACAUACCUUCCAUGGCCACCAGGAUGCGGUCCAUGCUAUCUCAGUCUCUACCAACACGGACUUCAUUGUUUCGGUCUCUGUAGACAACACUGCUCGUGUCUAUGAGACAUCUGAGUUCCAAAAUAAAAUGUCAUAG